AUGGGCAAGUCGGCGGCCUUGGCCUCGUAUCUCACCGAAUUGGAUGCGGGACGGAUAUCCCGCCGUUUGAGGUCACGCUCACAAUCAACAUCGACCGACCGUGGACGCGCUCGUUCUGUUUCACCGAGUGCGAGUGCGUCAUCUCGUGAUGCUAAAUCAUAUGCAUAUAAAGCGGCAAAUUAUGUCACGACUCUAGAGACCAAAGGCUGCUUUAUGCGCCAUUCCCCCGCCGGUCCGACUCCCGAUGACAUCGCGCUUUGCCAGCGACUCCUCCAUCAACCAGUUGAAAUCCCGCGCGGUCUAUUCGACGAUGAGUUCAUCGAGGAUUUUCACAAUGCAUUACGAAAUCGAUCAGAAGCGCGACUGCUGGUAGAUUUACAUCCACUCCUCAUGCCAUCUGCAGAGAACCGCUUCAUCCAAGGGAAGGACGAACUGAAAGCUGUUAUCGAUGGUUACAAUGAUCCAUGGCUCAAGACAGAGCCAAUCUAUGGUCCCAAACCACAGCCGGACCAUGCUCGAGGCUUAAGGUGGUCGACCUUUUCAGACAACCAGCGGCGAAAGCUUGGAAUCAAGCCGGACGAAAAAUCCCUCUAUGCGGUGCGAGAAGAUAUGUACUUCCCUUACUUGACGUCAAAAAUUAAGUGCGGGAACCAAGCUUUGGAAUUUGCGGAUCGGCAGAAUAUGCACAGCAUGUGUAUUGCCCUUCGCGCGGUGGUCAGCUUAGCUGAAGCUGCCGGCCGUCUGGGAGAGGUGAAUCGGAGGCUCCUUGGCUUCUCGGUUUCGCAUGAAUUAGAGGGUGUGCGAAUCUACGGCUACUAUCCUGAGAUUGGCGAAGAUGGGGUCAAAUAUUAUCGCUGGUUAGUAAAGCAGUUCAACAUUUGGGCAGACGGGGAUAAAUGGGCUUGUUAUCGUUUUGUGGAAAAUCUCGAUCGUGACUUCCUUCCCAUCCAUACUGACCGGUUAAUGCGUCUUCUGGAAGAAAUUCCUGAUCCCCAAGAACUCCCUUUUGAGCUCGAUGUCGAUGACGAUAUAAGCUCCCAAUCACGAAUCUGGUCCCAAGAACGGCCCUCAUAUAGCCGGGCGCCCUCUGUACAGAAUCGGGCCUUACAACCGGAGCUACGUAGCAUGAUUCAAACCUUGCAGCAGCAGUUAGAGGAACAAAAUCUAGACCAUUCUCUGACUAAUCUAUUCCAGGACUAA